CGUGUUCCAUCAAGAAACCCGCGAGUUUUGCUUCAAACUGUUUGCAUUUGAGUAUCUGCAUUAUAUAGAUACUUCUAUAUUCUUUCAUCGAAUGUGGGAGAUCAUCUGAACUUCAUUGGAAUUCCCUCUUAAGCGCGCAUUAAAAUAAAUGGGAAUAAUACGUUUUAUUGAUCGCAGCCUAUCUGUCCUGAUGUCCACAGCAGCAGCCAGCGCCAGGCUGGGCAAGAAGUUUGCCGAGGGCACGCAGCCCUUCACGGUCCUCAUCGAGGGUAACAUCGGCAGCGGCAAGACCACUUAUCUGAACCACUUUGAGAAGUACAAGGACGACAUCUGCCUGCUCACGGAGCCCGUGGAGAAGUGGCGCAACGUGAACGGCGUCAAUCUGCUGGAACUGAUGUACAAGGAGCCCAAGAAGUGGGCAAUGCCCUUUCAGUCUUAUGUCACGCUGACCAUGCUGCAGGCGCACACAGCGCCCACCGACAAGAAGCUAAAAAUAAUGGAGCGCUCCAUUUUUAGCUCCCGGUACUGCUUUGUGGAGAAUAUGCAUCGCAAUGGUUCGCUGGAGGCGGGCAUGUACAACACGCUGCAGGAAUGGUACAAGUUCAUCGAAGAGUCCAUCCACGUGCAGGCGGAUCUCAUCAUCUACCUGCGAACAUCCCCGGAAGUGGCGCACGAACGCAUCAGGCAACGCGCUCGCUCCGAGGAGAGCUGUGUGCCCCUGAAGUAUCUCCAGGAGCUGCACGAACUGCACGAGGAUUGGCUCAUACAUCACCGCAGAACGCAGGCCUGCAAGGUGUUGGUGCUGGACGCCGACUUGAAUCUGGAUAACAUUGGCAGCGAGUACCAGCGCUCGGAGACGAGCAUAUUCGAUGCCAUCUCAGGCACGCAUCAGCCGUCGCAGGUGCUGGUCUCGCCCAGCAAACGCCAAAGAAUGUCCAGAUAACUAAUAUCAUUUGUUCCGGCAAACAUUUGUAGCACUAGUACCUAAUUUUAUGUAGUAAUUGACGAGGUUGUUGCGCUCUCAUUCCCGCUGGGCCGCACACAAUCGGAGCCAGUGCAAAUGUAUCAGCUUAUCCUACUAGAACACUUCAAUCCUAUGGUGUAGAUACUUUAACAAUUAUAAUCGCAUUAUAUUCUAAUCCUCUUAAUGUAGCAAAUAAGUUCAA